CGGAGGAGGAUGGUGGCUUUUAUUUUAGCUUCUCCGCCGACUGCGGGGAGCGCCGUCGCCGAGAUCUCAAAUACACGGAGCAGCACGAAUGGGUGCGCUUGGACGGAGCCGUGGGCACGGUCGGCAUCACGGCUAAAGCGGCGGAGUCCAUGGGAGAUCUGGUGUAUGUGGAGAUUGCCGAGCCCGGGCUAGAGGUGGAUCAAGGAGAUGAGUGUGGAUCAGUGGAGAGCGUCAAGGCAGUGAGCGACAUCUACGCCCCCGUCUCUGGCAAAAUCACUGAUCGCAAUACGGACCUCUCUGACACACCAGAGCUCGUCAACCAGGACCCGUACGGCGAACAAGGCUGGCUGUUCAAGAUCGAGCUCUCCAAGCCGGAGGAGCUGGACGCGCUGAUGACGGAGGAGCAGUACACGGCCUUCAUCACAGAGGAGUGAGUGGCGGGGCGCGGCCGCCGCCGCCGCCGCGGACGUCUAGUGGUGCUACUGAGCGUGAGAUGGAGGGACGCUCAGCCCGAUACAGCGCGUCAGCACGGCGGGGCCCGCGUCCCGCGCGCUGUGACCGGGUGCCAGUGAUGUGGGGGCUUUUCGAUAGCUGUGUUCAGGGACGGCAGUCCUCAGAGUAAGUGAGAACUUGCGCUGAGGCACUCACGAAGCUGCAUGUGCAAUACGAUGGUUAUUUGAGUACGCAUUUUUAUCGUGCGCUGAAUGACAAUACAUUGAACACAUUUACGCUUUCCUUAAAAGAGCGUGCAAGUGUUCACAACCUAAA